AUUGCUGCCGUGCCUUCCACAGCUCUGGGUUGUCGUCAAUCCAUCAUUGUAUGGUGUGCCCCGCGAUUCCGGCUGAAUGGGGGGAAACAGCAAAGACUUCACCACACUACGUCAGAAAAUUUCUGCAGGACUUGCAGCAAAGCCCGGCUUCUCGAUUGACAGAUAAAGAGCCUUAUCUCGACUGAAAAGUCUGGAAAAACUCGGCUCUGCAGUGUAUCUCGUUCUAUCCUACCUUGCCUUACCCCAUUCGAUCGAGUCUCGCCAACCUCUCUGCCUAUCGACGGAUUGUCAUUGGCGAACCAGAGCUUGCUGGGCUAGCUAUCUCGAGCUCGGCUCCACCUCUUAACAUCAGCUCCGACUUCCUUCUCGAACCUAUUUCUUGGCGGCUGUUUUCUUUAGCAGUUGCCGUUGAACAUUUUUUAUUAACCACUGCUUUCGUUCUCUUCCUACUCACUGACAACUCACCCACGAAGAAACAUCGACUAAUUGAUCAUUCACCAUGUCGUUGAGUCGUGUAGCCUCGGUGGAAACUUUCCAAUUCCUUCCCCAAGCACAUGGAUCGAGACGAGGUAGCGAUGCCUCAAGUGUAAGGGCGGGACGGCUCACCUUCAACCCUCUUCCUGAUGAAUGGGACCCUGCGGCGAGCAAGCCUGAUACCGUACUUGCAGUUGGUGCUUUUGAGGUUCCGCAAUGGAAAAGAAUUCUUCAAGUCACCAUCGCCGUAAUAUACUGCCUCUUUGCAGCGGGUAUCGCCUUUGGUUUUGCGGCAUUGAAGCCGGUGCUGAAACGAGAGGGCGCCUACAGCGAUGUCUGUUCUACCGACGAGUCCAACUCAACCCCCGACGAUACAUGUGUUGAGAUUCAUCUCAAUCUCAUGUUCACCGUGGCAGCAGUUGGUACCAACAUCGCUGCUUUGCCCGUUGGCGCCCUGCUUGACCACGCCGGCCCGCGUGUCUGUGGACUCGUGGGCAGCGUCUUCUUAAUCAUCGGAUCAAUCCUGAUGGCUUAUGCCAAGACACUCCCUUUCGACGGUUUUCUCAUUGGAUACCUGUGCCUUGCCCUGGGCGGUCCAUUCACCUACAUUUCGUCCUUUCAACUAUCCAAUGCGUUCCCAAAGCACUCGGGCUUCAUUCUCGCCCUCAUGACUGGCGCCUUCGACGCCUCUAGCGCCUUAUUCCUGGUCUACCGCAUAAUCUUCCAAGCAUCGGAAGGCACCUUUGGCCACGAGAAGUUUUUCAAAGUGUACCUGAUCGUUCCGGUCUUUAUCAUCAUUGUCCAAUUCGCCUUGAUGCCCAAGCAGUCGUACAAGACGGUGGGAGAACUGGUUGAGCUGCAAGAGGAGACCGUAGCCGCGAACGACGUCGACCCGGAUCCGUACGACGACCAGGUCGACGAGAAUACGGCGCUUCUGCGUGAGGAGCGACGGCACCGCGAGUCCGUCGUUGCUGACGUAGAGCAGUUGCUGGGCACCCAAAAAGCGGACAAGCAGAUUCGCCAAGAGAACAAGAACGAGAUGUCGGGCGUCUGGGGCGUGAUGCAUAACCGCUCAGCCCUGCGCCAGAUCGCCUCGCCGUGGUUCAUUCUCAUCUGCCUCUUCACCGUCAUCCAGAUGCUCCGCAUCAACUACUUCGUCGCCACCAUCCGGGCGCAAUAUGAGGUCAUCUUUGGCGACGUGGGCAAGGCCGUCGAGAUCAACAACUUUUUCGACGUCGCCCUUCCCGUGGGGGGCAUCCUCUCCAUCCCCUUCAUCGGUGUUCUCCUCGACCACACCAGCACCGUGACCGUCCUGACGGCGCUCGUCACCAUCGCCACCACUAUCGGCGUGCUGGGCGUCGUCGACAACAUGGCCGCCGCCUAUAUCCAGGUCUGCCUCUUUGUGCUCUACCGGCCCUUUUACUACACCGCCGUGUCCGACUACAGCGCCAAGGUGUUUGGCUUUGAGACGUUUGGCACCGUGUACGGCACCAUCAUCUGCCUGUCGGGGCUGUUCAACUUUUUGCAGUCUGGGCUGGAUGUACUGUUCCACCAGACCUUCGGCGGCGAUCCCGUGCCCGUCAACGUAAUUUUACUCUCGGCCGGCUUCGCCGUCGGUGUUGCGCUGGUCGGGUACGUGGCGCUGAAAGCGAGGGGGUUGAAGCGUAAGAUGCUGGAGCAAGAGGCCGAGGCUUCCGUUCAAUUUCACAACUAAGGAUCUUUAAGGGAGAGGCUCUCCUUGGAAGUUCACCACGGCUCUCUCAUAUGCCCUAUCGCGUUGGUUAUUUGCUCUUCUGUGUUAUGGCCUGCGCGGAGUUGCGGAAUAUUUUCGUCCUUUGGACUGUAUUGAGAAAUUGUUA